CAGGAUAGGGACCGUCCUGAACUGAACUCAGCGUUACAAAUAGGAGCUGCGCUAUUCCAAGUGGAGCAGAGUGGAGGUGCGCCACGCCGAUCAUAAUAUGAAGUAACAGCGCUGAGUGGAUCCGCAGCAGUAAAGCACAGAGGAGAGACAGAGACAAGCGGACACGGAGACGUUUAGAGAAGCGGAGGAACGAGAAAAGUGAUCCUUCUUCACAGGUGGCAGUGUUGCUGCAUGCAGAGAGCCUCAGAGUGCAACGAGCAGCCAGCACCACACAGCGGUUCUCAACACUGUCAGAGGAAAGACUCAACACUCCGGACCAGCGUCAUGUUUGAGGAGGAGUCCCAGCAGAUGAGGGGGCAGCAGGACGGAGCGGUGCUGCAGAGUCUGGAGUCAGCUACAGGGAGUCCAGGUGGAGCGGGAGGAGGAGGUCCUCUGUCCUUCACAGAUGAAGCAGUGUCCAUCCUGACCUCCAGCAGCCUGCUGGCCCGCUCCCUGCUGGGGCGCAGCUCGGCCGCCAAACGCAAAGAGAGUCCUUCUUCCAGCAUCCGGCGCAAGCGUGAGUUCAUCCCCGUGGACAAAAAGGAUGACGGCUACUGGGACAAGAGGAGGAAGAACAACGAGGCGGCCAAGCGCUCCAGGGAGAAGCGGCGGGUGAACGACAUGGUCCUGGAGAGCCGAGUUCUGGCUCUGCUGGAGGAGAACGCUCGUCUCAGGGCCGAGCUGUUGGCUCUCAAGUUCCGUUUUGGCCUGGUCAAAGACCCCUCCAACGCCCCUAUCCUGCCCCUCACCACAGCUCCUCACCACAGCCCUCCAACCAUGACUCCUCACUAUUAUCUCCACAGAGGGGACGGGGUCCUCCCCACCCCCUCAGCCUCACACCCCAACAACCAGACCAGCUCCAGGGCCUCCAGGGAGGCUGGGAACAUGUCCGAGGACUCUGGGUUCUCCACACCAGGUGGCUCCAGUGUAGGCAGUCCUAUCUUCUUUGAAGACCGGCUCAGCGACCAAGGGAAAUUAUCACCGCACAGGUCGGAGGAGCUGAGCUAUGACCUCCACCACUCCCCUGCUGGGAAGUUGGACGCUGCCGAGACAAUGAAAAACCUUCCGCACAAGCUGCGUUUCAAGACGCCCGGCAGCGGGGACAUGUUCGAUGUUGCGGGGGACCACAACGGUGCCAGGCGGAGCCCCGUGCUGUCCCCGGCAGCACAGGAGUCCCCUAAAGGACUGUGUGGAGGUGAAGUGGCGGCGGCGGGGCACUGCGGCGGCUCCUGGCUCCAGCAGCUGGAGGGGGAGGACGGCAGGAAGGGGAGACAGUCCCCUCAGUACGUCUCGGCUGUGGGAUACAGCCUCCCGCCUCCUGCCACGCAAACUGAGGUCCAGUAUCAGCACGAGAACACUCACCUGAAGUCUCAGCUCAACUCUCUGAGCGAGGAGGUGGCUCAGCUAAAGAAGCUUUUCACAGAGCAGCUCAUGGCCAAAGUCAACUGAGUGUCAACUGUCUACACUUAAGGACAAAGUUUUGCUGUAAGUGAACGGAGAAAUUCCACCGUGCAGAUGUUCACAAGGACUGAAAAAACUCUAAAUUCUAGCGAGCUUUUAACAAUGUGUUGUUUUUGUUUCAAAUACUGUAUUAUAUUGUAAUAAAUGUCUAUAAGCAUCUAAUAACCUGCUGUUUAACUUUAUCUCACCUCCAGUUUAUGUUGCUAAAACAGGGAGUCUUAUCUGUGGUAGUGUUGAGUGUGUAAUAGUUUCUCUACUCCAUACACUGUGAAAAACACACAACAUAACAGUUUACAACACGUCAUAACAAAUCAAGCUUACCUUAAACGUCUCACAUUAUGAAAAGAGACAACAGGUUUUGGUGGUUCUGCAGCCACAUUCAAUUCAAAUGGAAGUCAGCCAGCAGGUUGUUAUAACACAUCACAAUGGAGGAAGUGUUUGCAGUGUUCUAGUUAGAGAGGAAUGACUUCAAUCCGUAGUUUCCCUCACUGAGCAGGUCUUACUGGAAGCUGUAAACACAAGUAGAGACAGACAGUAAAUAAGUAAUAAAAGUAUUAGCUGCCAAAACCUCCAUUGGUCAUAGAGGCUUAAGGUUUGUUUUUCUCACAAAUCAUAUAUUAGGCUUGUUUCAUCACUUCUUCUGUGUCAUUACAAGGAGCUCCUGUUAGGAAAGAUACUGUAACAUGUACUGUUUUGCUGUUUAAUGUUUCAUUCAGUCUCUGUUCAUGCCUGGUUUGAAGACUUUUUAUUACUGCCGUGUUAUCUGUACCGAGAUGGUGACAAGAAUUUUAAUGUCUGCUGUCUUUCUGUACGUUUUCAUAUUAAAAAUAAAUACAUUUGACAGAUA